UUGGAUUGCUAAAGCGUGGGCUUUCAAUAUGGCAGUCGGCCUCCUCGGCUUACUCAUCGCGCUUAGAAUAGCGAAAGGCUGGCGCCAGCAGUCCUACCUACCCAUAUCCCGCUGACCUGAGAGAACAUAUUUACUCGAGUAUAUAUAGGAUUGUAAUUUCCAACAUGGACUUGUUCAUAAGGAGGGAGGCAGCUCGCCACAAGAGGUACAGGAAGUAUGUUCCGCACACUACAAAUCUCAGCCAUAUUGAGUCUGGCGAGCCAGUCCAUAUGCAAUCCUUUAGCAUUUCAGCCGGUUGCACGACAGGACUCUACUAUCGAUCGGUCCACCUUGAAUGGGAAAUUCUUUGUCGGGUACCAAGCAUGGUUUAGGAAACCAUUUGAAGACAAUGGCAAUUCGCAUUGGACCACGGAUACACCAUCGCCAGAAGUUGGACACGUCGGCGUUGAUAUGAUCCCGGAUGUGUCUGGAUAUCCUGCUGAAUGUCUCUUUGAUACUCCCUUCACCCGCCCUGAUGGUUCAUUCGCCCAGUUCUAUAGUAAUGAUUGCGAUGGUGUCGUGGACCUUCACUUCAAGAUGAUGGCGGACCACGGGAUAAGUGGUGCAUUUUUACAGCGCUUCUAUGGCUACAUAAAUGAAGCCAAUGGAGGCUGGAUUAAUAUUUUUAACGCAGCUAAGGAUGCUGCGGAAAAAUAUGGCCGUGGUUUCGUGAUUGAGUACGACCUAAAUGGUGCAGCCACGGCAUCAACAAACGUCACGGCUACGUUCCUCGCCGACCUAGCAGCACUGAGUGACAUCACUUCGUCCCCUGCCUACAUGCACCACGAAGGAAAACCCGUCAUCGAAAUUUGGGGGUUCGGUAUUGUAAACGAGGUGAGUGCUGAUGAUGGCAUCGCCAUUGUUACGGCCCUGAAGAACGCCGGCUUCUAUGUAAUUCUUGGUGUCCAGCAAGCGUGGCACGCCGAGAUGGUUGAGAAUCAACCCGGGCGAUUUGGACCAGUAUAUCGCCUCGCCGACAUGAUUCAACCCUGGACAGUAGGCGCAUAUGACAUCAACGGUUACCAGGACUUCUUGAACGGACGGCAGGCUAUCGAGGAUGCCGGGGCACUCCAGGGACUCGGUAUCGACAGCAGCAUCGUUGUGUGGCCUGGAGGAUCGAGCAGUAAUGCGAACCCAAACGAACAGUUUGAUCAUUUCCCAAGGUGGAAUGGCACUUUCUAUCAGAUGCAGCUAGAAGGCGCCGUGUCAUUAAAGCCGACGUUCAUCUUCGGUGCGAUGUUUGACGAGAUGAACGAAGGCACUUCUAUCUUUCCCGUUCUUAGGACUAGAGAUUUGCCCACCAAUCAGAGAUUCUUAGGAAUCGACAAUGACAUGGCCACCGAUGCAUACCUUCAAAUGGCUGGAGAUGCUGCUGCACGUUGCGCACAAAUCUGGCAGUAGUAUUGUUAUAACAACAACAUAGUUAUAUCAACAUAAUAAAAAGCUUACAUCGACAAAGAAGCAGUCUCAACACCACCACAUACUUGGCAUAUUGGUUCGCUAUACUACUGAUACCAUAAUACCAUUCGCCGGAGAUCAUAGGUCAUUCAGUCCAAUCAAUCUUAAGGUCCCGAAAUCUCCGAGUGGAGUCGUC